UGUCAAGAUGAUGCAUAAACUUGGAUAUAUGAGUAUUUUCAGCCUAUAAGGAUCAGUUGCGAAUCGAUUGGGGGUAUUAAUUAAAACGCUUCGAGUUCUGCAUAGGCAAAACAUUCCAGCUCCUUUACAGUUUUAUUUUUUUUCUUUACUUCUUUCCCUUUCUGUUAAUUCUAUCUUUCAUUUUUUCUUCAUAAAAAAACCAUAUAUAGAAUUGGAAUUAUGAAAGAAUCGAUUUUACUUCUAGCUCUUCUCUCAUUAAUCCAAUAUUCUGUUGGAGUUAGUGUCUUGACUAACUACGGUAAGGUUAAGGGAAAGCGUAUAAAGAACGCCUUACCUCGUUUAAAGGAUGCAAAGAUUGUUACGAAAACUGUAGAUAUAUUCUACGAUAUUCCCUACGCCAAGUCUCCAAUUGCGAAAUUACGAUUUAAGGUAGGCCUAGUUUAUUCUUAAUAAUACUUUAACUUUGUACAGUUGAAAGUAUUGGCAUUGGUUAGCUAUUUAAAUCAUUAAUAUAUUUGUUCUAUUUUUCAAAAAACUACAAUUGUAAUUUAUCUCUUCCCUCCCACUCUUCUGCUCCUUCUUCCCCACCAAAAAAAAAGAAUCCUGAAGAACCAAAUGUCGAGAAUAUCGAUGGAAGAAGAAGAGAGUUUAGCGAAUGUCCUCAAAUAUCGAGAAUUGACGGCAAUGAAGAUUGUUUAAAGUUGGAUAUCUAUUCACCUUUUGAGGUUUGUUCAGAGUCUUUGUAUCUCUCUCUCUCUUUCUCUUAAGUUUAUUGUUCUUGGAUCAACCAAUUAAACGUCCAUAUUAAUGAUUAUUCAAUAUAGCGAAGUAAAAAUACAACUUAUCCCGUUAUGGUUUACAUACACGGCGGAUCGUAUAAGGCCGGAAGUAAAAACAUGUACGAUGGAACGGGAUUAUCUCAGUAUGGCGUUGUUGUUGUGACAAUCAAUUACAGAUUAGGCAUAUUUGGCUUCCUUACAGACGGAACUGACAGAUUAAGAGGUAAUUACGGUCUCGCUGAUCAAAUUCAGGCACUGAAAUGGAUAAAUAGAAAUAUUCGCGCCUUCAGAGGCAAUCCAAAUCGAAUCACUUUAUUCGGAAAUAGCGCUGGAGGUUCGAGCGUUGGUUUUCUAUCACUUUCACCAAUUGCUAAAGGCCUAUUCAAUAAUGCUGUUCUUCAAAGUGGUUCGCCCACGGCCCACUGGGCCUAUCAUAAUACAACAGCAAACUUAAAACGUCAAGCCAAUUUGGCAUUUAAGAAAUCGGCUUGCGAUCGAUCAACCUUCCAAGCGUCCAUUACUUGCCUUCGGAACAUUUCUGUUAAGAGUCUUAUAAAGCUUCAAUUAAAAUUCAUACAGGAUCGGUCGACGGAUGGUGGAACCUUUUCGCUAAAUGGAGAUGAUUUUAGACCGAACGUUGAUGGUAGAAUAAUCACCGACGAUCCCCUAAAUAUGAUUAAGAAGAAGAGAUGCGGCAAUGAAUUCUACGUUGUUGGGGUAACAAAAGACGAAUUUAGCGACAUGGUGGGGAUGAACUACGCCUUGGACAAUGUUAUUACCGAUACAAGCACUAGCAUGUUUGGAAUGGGAAGAUCUAGAUUUGAAAUAUAUGUCUCACAUGUUUUUGGUUCGGGUUUCGGUUGGGACAAUUCAAUAGUAGAUAUAAUUAAGUACGCGUAUACAGAUUAUUCUUUAAGAAAAGACCCAACCAACAACAGGAAACAAUACAUAAAAAUAAUGACUGAUAUGAUGUUGGUCGCUCCGGCUGUUCGUUAUGCUGAUCUUCUCCAAAGGAGGAAAUGCAGAGUAUACUUAUAUAAUUUCGAAUUUGCUUACGACGAAAGGGGUAGUUAUCAUCAGAUCGAAUUAGAAUAUCUCUUCUCUAGGCCCUUUCGUAAAAAGAAGCGUUCUCUCGAUCAGGACGGUGAACGCUACUACAACGAAAGUGACUUUAACGUCAGUCGAUUAGUCAUGGACAUUUGGACAUCGAUUGCCAAAUCUCGUAAAAAUCUACGCUUUGAUGGAUUUGAAUGGAAACCGUUCCGUCCUGGUGCUUAUUACAUAUCAAUCAAAGAGAGCGGAGUUAAAAAUUAUCAGCAUUUAAACGCCGACAAAGUAGCGUUCUGGAACGAACUGGUACCAAGAACAUUAAGAGGGAUAGAGAAGAUAAGAGGUCAUGUCAAGAAUGAAGAUAUCAACGAUAUUCAAAUGAUUUGGUUAUGGAUAACCGGGUCACUGCUAGUAUUAUUCUUUCUAAUAACUCUAGUACUUCUUACUUUCACCAUUAGAUUAAAAUAUUCCAACGAUCAGCUAAACCGUUCACCGUAUGCAACCACAGAUGGCGUUCGUUUAUAGAUUAAAGAAAUUUAAAGAGAGAGAAAGUUGUAGACAUGUUUUUUCAUAGAUUUUUUCAAAUAAAC